AUGAAAGGCGCCCAGACGGUGCUCACCGCACCGCCUGGCGCGCAGGAUGUCUCCUCAAGGAAAGGCGGCAAGGGCGAAUCCGGAGCGCCCAAAGUCUUCGCGUUCGAUCGAUCAUACUGGUCCUUCGACAAGAAGGACGGGACGUACGCCGGGCAAGAUAAUCUCUUCGAUGAUUUGGGUUCGCCACUCUUGGACAACGCCUUUGGCGGAUACAACAAUUGUAUUUUCGCCUAUGGCCAGACUGGUUCGGGAAAGUCGUACUCCAUGAUGGGAUAUGGCAAGGAAUAUGGUGUUAUCCCGCGAAUCUGUCAGUCGAUGUUUCUGCGCAUCGGCGACAUGAUGCAAGCCGAUAAACACCUCAAUUGCACGAUCGAAGUCUCGUACCUGGAAAUUUACAACGAACGCGUGCGCGAUUUGCUCAACCCGUCCAAUAAGGGUAACCUGAAGGUCCGUGAGCAUCCUUCCACGGGUCCCUAUGUGGAGGAUCUGGCCAAGUUGGUGGUGCGCUCCUUUGAGGAGAUCGAGAACCUCAUGGAUGAGGGUAACAAGGCGAGAACGGUUGCUGCGACGAACAUGAACGAGACCUCAAGUCGAUCGCACGCCGUGUUCACACUGACCCUCUCACAAAAACGUCACGAUGCCGAAACUUCACUGGACACUGAGAAGGUAUCGAAGAUUAGUCUAGUCGAUUUGGCGGGUUCGGAGAGAGCAAACUCUACCGGAGCCACGGGUGCUCGUUUGAAAGAAGGUGCUGAAAUUAACCGCUCGCUUUCCACGCUUGGUCGUGUCAUCGCUGCACUUGCGGAUGUCUCAUCUGGAAAGCUCAAAAAGGCAUCCAUGGUUCCAUAUCGUGAUUCCAUCUUGACAUGGCUGCUCAAAGAUUCACUCGGUGGUAACUCGAUGACUUCUAUGAUUGCAGCUAUCUCGCCGGCUGAUAUCAACUUCGACGAAACUCUGAAGAUUAAGAACCACGCCGUUGUGAACGAGGACCCGAACGCUCGCAUGAUUCGCGAGCUCAAGGAGGAAUUGGCACAGCUUCGGUCAAAACUUGGAGGUGGUGUUCCUGGGGCUGCUGGGGGCGCACCUGGUGCCAUCGCAGCAGAAUCAUAUCCACCAGAUACCCCAUUGGAACAGCAAAUGGUUUCUAUCCACCAGACUGACGGCAGUGUGACCAAAGUCAGCAAAGCUGAGAUCGUCGAACAACUCAACCAAAGUGAGAAGCUUUACAAAGAUCUCAAUCAGACCUGGGAGGAAAAACUGCAGAAAACUGAAGAGAUUCACAAAGAGCGUGAAGCGGCGCUCGAGGAACUCGGCAUCAAUAUCACAAAGGGCUUUAUCGGAUUAAAGUGUUUGGUUUACAAUAUCAAGCCCGGAAGCACGACAGUGGGACACAUGGAUCAAGGCACUAAUGUCGACAUCCGACUGAACGGCUCCAAGAUUCUUCAGCAGCACUGCACUUUCGAAAACGCCGAUAACGUCGUGACCAUCGUCCCCACUGAGGGUGCUGCUGUCAUGGUCAACGGUCUCCGGAUAGACAAGCCCUCACGACUCAAGAGUGGUCAUCGUAUCAUUCUCGGUGACUUCCACAUCUUCCGUUUCAACCAUCCGCAAGAGGCUCGCGCCGAGCGUGUCGAGCAGAGUCUCCUGCGCCAUUCCGUGACAACUAGUCAACUGGGCUCCCCGGCGCCUAAUAAAACGCACGAUCGCAAUGUCAGCAAGACUGGAUCGGAUAUCGACGGGGACUCAAGUAGAGCCGACUCCCCGAUGCCCGCACGCAGUCGCGAAUCUGACUGGUUCAUGGCGAGGAAAGAGGCCGUCGGCGCGAUGCUUGGCCAAGAUCAUAUCUCACAUCUGCCCGACGACGAGCUUGACGCCCUAUUCGAAGAUGUGCAAAAAGUCCGAGCAGGGCGUCGUGGGCUGCCGGAGAAUGAAGAAGAUUCAGACUCUCUUAGCUCCUUCCCUAUCCGCGACAAGUACAUGUCCAAUGGAACCAUCGACAAUUUCUCCCUUGACACGGCGAUUACAAUGCCAGGCACCCCACGACAAACCGAAGACGAUGAUGGCUCCAAUGGUGUUUCCCUGAAAUCGGUUCGGUUGGAUAUGCAGCGCCAGUUAGAUCGCCAGCGGGAGGCGUUCCAGGACAAGCUGAAGAAUGCGGAGACUUCUUCCAAUCAAGAUCCCGGAGAGAUCCAGACUGAGAAACAGCGUAUGGAGGAUGCACUCCGGUCUGCCAAGGAAGAGUUUGAAGAGCAGUUGCGAGCACAAAAGGAGACUUUCGAGACUCAGAUGCGAGAUAUGGGAAAGCCCAUCCCACAGAUCUUUGAGAAUGGCUUUGCCAAGUUGAAUGAGCGCGAGCUCGAGAUCGCACAGUCCGUCUACUCCCAUUGGUCACAGCGUAACUAUGUUCGCAUGGCCGAGAAAAUUCUACAGCAUGCAUCGCUGCUGAAAGAGGCACAAGUCAUGAGUCAGAUCAUGGACAAGAAUGUGGUCUUCCAGUUCGCAGUUGUUGACCACGGUCAUAGCAUGGCUUCAUGUUAUGACCUGGUUCUAAAUGGCAUUUCCGGCGACGAGGAUAUUGUUCUUGAAGAGACCAAGAAGCCCUGUGUCGGCGUUCGAGUCAUCGAUUACAAACAGUCUGUGAUCCACUUAUGGUCUAUCGAAAAACUCCAGAGACGCGUACAAUCUAUGCGACAGCUGCAUCAGUACAUCGAUCGGCCCGACUAUAUCCAGCACUUCAGGCUUGAAAAUCCGUUUUCGGAGUCUUGUUCGCCGCAAUACUCUCUCAUCGGUGAUGCCGACAUCCCCCUGACGGCUGUCUUCGAAACCCGUGUGCAGGAUUUCUCAAUUGAGAUCACAUCGCCCUACACCCAAAGCGUUGUCGGUAUCAUUCGAUUGUCGCUUGAACCCUCCUCAGCCCAGGCUCCUUCUUCGACUUUGAAGUUCAACGUCGUCAUGCGUGACAUGGUUGGAUUCGCUGAAUGGGAAGGAUCCGAUGUUCACGCUCAACUCUUCGUGCCCGGAAUCUCGGAAGAAGGUGGUGCGACGACAACGCAGAUGAUCAACGGGUUCGAAGAAAGCCCGGUGCGCUUCGAAAGUGUUCACAGUAUGAGCCUCCCGUUGUCCAGUCCUAGAACUGCGGCGUUGAAGGUGUGCGUCUAUGCUCGUGUGACAUCCGUUCAUAUGGAUAAGCUUUUGAGUUGGGAUGAUAUGCACGAUUCUUCGGAAAUGAUCCCUAAGAAGCGCACCUCGCCUCGGAUUGCCGAGUCUGAAUUCUACUCCGAAGAAAGACACGACGUCUUCGCCCGCAUCCAGAUUUUGGAAUUAGCCGAGUCUGGCGAAUAUACACCGGUUGAAGUGGUUCAAAAUGGGGCUCUUGACGCUGGUACUUCUCAACUUCAUCAGGGAUUGCAGCGUCGCGUUUCGAUCAACCUGACUUAUAGUUCCACCGAAAGCCUCCCAUGGGACGAUAUUGCCAACGCGCGCGUGGGCUCUGUUCGUCUCCUCGACCCGUGGGGCAAGAUUCCCGACCAGGAUCUCCAAACACCAGAUGUCCCGCUCAAGUUCCUUCAAGAACCAAUGGUUAAAGACAAUGCUGAUGGCACUUCGAAUGUUACAAUCAUUGGCCAAUGGGACUCAAGUUUACACGGCUCUCUCCUUCUUGAUCGGGUGACCGCGGACAAAUACAAAGUCCAAGUAACCAUCCUCGGCCGCACAUAUGUCCGCCAACAGUCCAUGUUCAAGCAGCUAUGGAGCUCCACCAGAGUCGUGCAUUCGACAACAAGCAUGUACUCACUAGUCAUCCGCCCAAUCUCAGCCAAGCGCGCCGCCGACCUAUGGCGUAUGAAUACUCAGAAUGACUACGUUAAGGGCGAAGAGCUGCUAACAACAUGGGCUCCACGGAAAGUCUCCCUCGUCCGAGAUUACAUCGCUGCCCGUAAACGUCGAUAUCGCAUCGCAGAGCUCCACGCUGCCCGCGGCGCUCUCAGUGCCGGCAGCCUAAGGGCAUCUCCAGCCCGAGGCAGCGGCAGAUCAACACCCAUGCGCGGCCAAGACCUCAACGAGCGCAAGACAAAACUGCUCAAAAAAUACCUCGACCUCUGGUCAACAAAGAAAGAUCCCACCGAAGCAAUCCUCGUCCGAACAAAUACCGAACCGCCAAGUGACGGCGCUGACCUAGCAGCCCAACGCAAACAAACCAACGCGUCUGGGUCCGACGCUUCGUCGAACUGCGCCGACCCUGAUCUGCACAUCUACUCCGUACCGGAAGGUGAUGAGAUCAACGCGAUUAACCUGCGCAAUGCACGGGUUGACCACGCGCCCGAUUUCGCGCGAUUGCUUGAUGGGUCUGGGGCCGGUAAUGAUCGGUCAUCAAAUUCGCUUGCUGCGAAGGGUAGACCGAAUAUCUUUGCCGUUUAUGGGACGCAGAAUACGUUUCUUUUUGCGACGAGGACGGAGGCGCACAAGGUUGAGUGGAUUCUUAAGAUUGAUGAGAGCUAUUUUAGUAGCAAUAGUGGGAGUGCGGUUGCGAGUGGUGAUGAGCGGUGA